AUGAUUAAAAAUGUUUUUUAUUUGAAUUUUAUAUUUUCUUUUUUUCUAUUAAUAAUUAAAUGCGAUGACAAUGUGUCGAAUGAAAGGAAAGAAAUAUAUUUUGAUGAAGAUGAGAAUUUAAAAAUAUCUUCUUUUUAUGAUCCUUCUACAAAUAUAAAUUUGGAUGUAAGUGAGAAUGAUGAGUUGGCAUAUGUCUCUGAGGAGGUAGAUGAAAAGAAUAAAAAUAAGAAAGAAUAUAAAAAUAGGGAUAGUAAAAAUAAAGAAAAGGACGAAAAAAAGAAAGGUAUAUAUAAUAAGGAAAAUGCAAAGAAUAAUGAAGAUGUUAAUUAUAAUGUUGUUUUAAAGGAUGAUAAUAGAAGUGAGGAAGUUAUUAUUUUAAAGGAUGAUAAUAGAAGUGAGGAAGUUAUUAUGAUGGAAGAAAAAAGAAGUAAUAAUAAAGGAAGAGUGGAAUUUAAAGAAGAAAAGAAGAAUAAAAUGAAUGGUUAUGAUGAUAAUAAUAAGAAUCAUAAUAAUAAUAUCCAUGAUAGUAAUAUGUAUGAUAGUAGUUUUAUUGUUGAAUACAAUAAAAUGCUUGAUAAUUAUGAAAAUAUUUUAGAUGAGAUUAUAUUAAAAAGUCUGAAUAGGAAUAAUUAUAAUUAUUUGAAUAUGCUUGAUGAAUAUUCUCUUAAAAUUGGAAUGAAUAAAGAAAUGUAUGAUACGUUAAAUUAUUUGAUUAAAGUUAUGAAUAAAAAAAAUAGUAUGAAAAUUUUUUUAUCCUUUUCAAAUAAUGAAAAGAUGAAAAAAAUAAAAGAUGAAAUGAAUGAUAAAAUAUAUAUAAGACAUUUUAUUAUAUCUUUAUUUAGAUGGUAUAAUAAUUUUAAAUUAAAUGAAACAUGUUUUGAUAAGAAUAAUUUUAUUUAUUAUAUUGAUGAAAAUAAAAUAUAUUCUUAUAAAUAUAAUUAUAAGCUUAUGUUGAAUUUAUUUAGUUCUGAGAAUUUUUUAUAUUAUAUAAAUUUAAGUAAGAUAUCUUUAUUAGAAAUUAUUGAUAACUACAAUAAAUAUAGUUUUAUAAUUAAUAAUAUAAAAAGACAUUAUCCUAAUAAUAUGUAUCUAUGUCAAUCAUUUUAUGAUUUCAUUUAUUCUUAUUUCUUAAGUUAUAAUCAUCAUUUUUUUGAUAAACAUAAAUAUUUAAUAAAUAUGGAUAUAUGGAAUAAUUCAAUAAAAAGAAAAAGCAAAAAUGAAAAUCAUAAUUUAUAUAAAAAAUUAAAAAAACUAAAUCAUAAUUUAAUAUUAUAUAAUUAUAUAAAAAAUGAUGAUACAGAAAUUAAACAUUAUAUUAAAUUAGAAAUGAAUAUGAUAUUUUUAAAUUUUUCAAAUUUAUUAAUAGAUUUAUUGAAUAAAAUAUAUAAUAUAGAUUAUCAUGAUAAUAUAAAACAUCAAACUGUUAAUCUGGAGAGAGGAAUUCCAAAUAAUUCUAUAAAUAAAAAAAAUAAUAAUAUUGUUCACACAUCGUUCGGAGAUGCUACGGAUUUAAAAUCAAAGGAUUCUAACUUAUUAUUCUUAAAUGAAAAUUAUAAGGAAGAAAAAAUUUCAGAUAAUAAUAAGUCCAUGGAACAUUAUGCAACUAAUAAAAGUGAUGAUAUGAUAUAUAAUAAUGUAUAUAAUGGUGACCUUAAAAAGAGUGAGGAUUUAUUAAACAAUAGUAUUGAGGGUAUAGAUGAGUCAUCUGUUAAUACAAAUAAUAAUAAAAAUGAUACAAAAGAAUCUGAGAGUGAUGUAUGGAAUUUACUAAUGGAUUCAUAUAAGAAAUUAGAAAAUGAUGAAAAUUUCAAAAAAUAUAAUAAAUAUAUAUUAAAAAAUUUAGAUAAAUUUCUGAAUAUGUCUUCUGAAAAGAUAGAAGAUAUGAAUAGUUAUAAAAAUAAAUAUGAAUUAAAAGAAGGCAUAAUAUAUAAUAAGGUUGAUGAUAAAUAUAUUCCUUUAAUAUUUAAUCCUACUAAAGAUGUAUUUACAUCUAUUAAUCAAAUUAAUAUUAAAGGCAAAAUCAACUUUUUUAAUAUAUAUGAAUAUUUAAUAACUAUUACAAAAUAUAAAGAAAAUAAAAACUUCUAUGAUGAUUUUUUAAAGUGUAGAAGAGAAACGUUUUUUACAGAUCAACAUUUAAUAAAGAAUUAUGUUAUGAAUAAACAGGAAGAGUUAAAAAAUAAUAUUAGAAAUUUGAUUCGUAUGAAUGAAGUAUCAUCAAAUGAAGGAAAUAAGAAGAAUUAUAUUGAUAUGAUAUAUAAAAAAUAUGGAUCAUACGAAUAUGAUAAUAAUAUAUCAAAUGGUUUUAAUAAUAAUAAUAACAUAUCAAAUGGUUAUAAUAACAUAUCAAAUGGUUAUAAUAACAAUAUAUACAAUAUAUAUGAUAAGAAGACAUCUAAUUUUUUGUAUCAUAAGGAUAAUGUUAAAAAUUAUCAUGACAAGAAUGGAAGUAUGAAAAUCUAUGAUUAUUAUAAUAAUAUAAAUUUAAAUAUCUUUACGCCAGCUGCUAUAAAUAUGAAAGAUAAAAUAUAUGAUCAAUUAAAAUUAUUAAGAAGUAAUUUUGUUGAGAAAUUAAAAAAUGAGUCUAUUUGUGUUUUAUCAUUUUUAUAUUUAAUAGGUAUAAAUGAUGAUAAUGGAAGGUUACAUUUCCCAUAUGGAUUUCCAAGAAAUAUUGAUUAUUCUGUUAAGCUUAUAAGAGAAGGAAAAGAUGGCUUAUGUAAUUUUUUGAGUGGUGUUUUAUAUCAUAUUAAUUUGCCUAUAUUUGUAAAUAAUUCUUCUAUAUCUAUAAGUACAGAGAUGAAUGAUGAUAUUUUUGAAAUAAAUGAUAAUUCUAUAAAUAGUUUUUUUUAUAUAUAUUAUAAAAAUAAUGAAAAUAUAAGAAAUCAUGAUUUUUUAUCUGAUGAAAAUAGAAUAAUACCAAGGAAAGAUGAUAAUAUAAAAUCUAAAAUUAUAUCAUAUUCUUUAGGUUCAACAAAAGAUGAUUUUUUUAGUAAAUUAGCUUUUACAAAUAAUGUUAUUAGAUUAAAAUAUAAGAAUAAAACAAAUAACACAUAUUUAAAAGACUAUUUUGAUUUUACUUUUGAUAAAAUAAAUUAUAAAAAUUCAGUAAUAAAAAAUAAUAUAUCUCCAUUUUUAACUACAUGUGAUUAUUUAUUGAGUAAUAUAUUAGGAGCUGUGGUUGAUUCUUUGAGAAAUUCUUCUACUCUUGAAAGUGGUGUCUAUGAAGAAAAUAUAAAUGAUAAGAAUAAAAAUAUAAUUCAAAAUAGUGUAGUACAAAAUAAAAAUUUAUUUGAAUAUUUUGUAAAGCUAGCUGAUAAUAGAAAUUCUUAUGCUUUAGCAGCAUUAGGUGAAAUAUAUUAUUUAGGAAAUGAAAGUAUAGGAAUUGAAAGAGAUGAAAUAAAAGCAUUUGAAUUCUGGAAGAAGGCAGCAGAUCAAGGUGAUACAACAUCAGCAUUGUCUACAGGUUAUGCAUAUUUAGAUGAGUAUAAAAAGUUUUUAAAAAAAGAAGAAAUUCUUAAAAAUAUGGAUAGAGAGGAUAUAUUAACAAUGAUACAUAUGGAAAAUUCAAACAAGGACCAAAAAAAUGUUACUCUAGAAAUGUUACAAGAAUCUAGUGAGAAAAAGAAGAACAAGAAGAAAAACGAAAAGACACACGAUGGAGUUGCACAUACUCAUGGUGAUAUAAAUGCAGAUAGAUAUGAUAAUAUUGAUGAAUCCAAAGGAAGCCAUGGAUCUUUUGAUGGCUUCCCUAUGCCAUCAUCUGGUGGAUUAAACAAUCUUAAUGGUAGAAAUAAUACAAAUAUAUCAAAUAAUGUUAAUAUAUCAAAUAAUGUUAAUAUAUCAAAUAAUGUUAAUGUAUCAAAUAAUGUUAAUGUAUCAAAUAAUGUUAAUGCAUCAAAUAAUGUUAAUGCAUCAAAUAAUGUUAAUGUAUCAAAUAAUGUUAAUGUAUCAAAUAAUGUUAAUGUAUCAAAUAAUAUUAACUCCCAGGCAAACAUAAAUUCACAAAACAAUAUUAAUAAUGUAAAUUUUUUUGACGACAAUGCAUAUACUCAACAACCUUCUUAUGGCGAGUGGACGAACCCUAGCGACGACCUUUUUAAUAAUUCCUUUUCUUCGUCUCUUCCUAGUUCCUUUCUCUUUGAUAUACCUGAAGGAUCUGAGUAUGAGCAUGGGACAGAGAAUAUAUUGGAUGAUCACAUGAAUUUUUUUAAUAUGAACAAUAAAAAACAUGAGCAACAAGGAGGACAUAAUAAUAACAGUAGUGGUGUGUGGAAUGAGGAGAAUGAGGAAAUAAUAAAAAAGUAUAUGAAAGAUUUAAAUGAGGAUAUGAAUAAAUCUUUAAAGAAUGCAGAAGAAUAUUUUCACAAAGCAAUAAGAAAUAAUGAUGAUAAUUUAGAAAAUAUAUUAGCAAAAUAUAAUAUAUAUAAAUAUGGAUUAGGAACAGAAAAAAAUAUAGAAUUAGCUGGAUUAUAUUUAAAAAAAGCAGCUGACAAAGGUGAUAAUAUAUCUCAAAUGUUAUUAGGACAUUAUUAUUCAGGUUCAGAUAUAGGUAUCAAAUUGAAUGAUUAUAAGGAUGAUGAUAAAGUAGAGAAUUUAAGAAAAUCUUAUAAAUAUUAUAAGAUGUCUGCACAAAAUGGAAAUAUUAUAUCUUUAUAUAAUAAGAGUAUAUUAAUAUUAAAAGGUGUUAAUCCUAAAUAUAAAACAUUUAAUGAAAAAUGUGAGAAGACUUUAAAACAUUUUCAUUUCAUAGGAUUAUUUAAUGAAAGAUUAUAUGUGUUAACUAAAUUAUUAAGAAGAAAUUAUCAAUUUAAAGAUUAUACAGGUUCUUUAUUGUUAUCUAUUAUGUUGUCAGAGUUAGGUGAUCAUGCAAAUAAUGUAAAUGCUUCUAUGCUAUGGACAUUAAAAAGAAAAACUAUGCAAGAAUUUACAGAAAAGUAUAAUAUUGUUGAGAAUAUAAAAACAUCCUUGAUAAAGGAAUUAAAGAAAAAAGAGGAGCAAGACAAAAAAAAUAUAAAUAUAAAAAAAAACAACAACAAUAAUGAUAAUAAUAAUAAUAAUUAUAAUAAUAAUAUUGAAGGACCCAUUUCUUAUUCUAAUCAAAAAAAUACAAAUGAACACAUUAAAAGAAUAUAUAAGAAGAAUAAAAAUGCCAGGUAUUCCUUUUCAAAGGUAUCUAAUAUGUAUUCUAUGUCUUUAUUGACAAACUGUAGCAUGCUUUCCGAAUUUUUGGAGAAGCGUCCUUUAUUUUUGAGAAUAAUAUAUUGUUAUAAUUUUAAGAAAGAGUUAUAUAUGUAUUAUAAUAGAUCGUCUUGGUUUACUUAUAAAAUGAUGAAGAUGCAACGUGAAGAGGAUUUAUUGGAUACAUCUGAAGGAUGGAAUAGUGUGAAUACAAAAGAUUUUAAUGAGAAUAUACAAAGUUAUAAUAGGAAUAGAAAGGAUUAUGUUGAUACUAAUUCUGUAUUAAAUAAAUAUCAUAAUAAUGAUAAUUAUAAUUAUUCUUAUUAUAAGAAAAAGGAUGAAAGAAAGAAUAGUAACAAAAAUGAGAAUUUUAAUACAUCAAAGAAUAAAAAAGAAGAAAAAAAAGAUAAUAAAAUAACAUAUCAUGAUACAUAUGCCUUAUGUAAAAAAUAUAGCCAAAUUGAAUUAUAUGAAAAAUAUGAUAAGAUAAUUUUAAAUACAUUAAAAAAAGACGAUGAAGUGGAAGAAAAACUAAACAAGUUAGAACAUAUGAAAAGUAUUAUAUUAGAACACUUAAGGAUUAGUGAGUUCUUACAUUGUUAUUAUAAACCUAUAUCAUAUUAUCAAAUAAAAUUAGAAGAAGAAAAGGAAAAAAGAGGAAAAAUAGAAGAACAUAUAUAUGAUGAAGAAAGAUAUUAUAAGAGUGAUAAAUCUCAUUAUAAUAAUUUUUAUUCAAAUAAAUGGAAGACUAUGAAAGAUUAUAAUAUAAAAGAUUUGUAUGAAUCUGAAUUUUAUAGAUACUCUGUUUUUUUAGAAAAUGUAGAUAUGAAAGAAAUAUUUAAUUAUAAAAAGAAAUAUUCCUCGAAUAUAUUUGAUGAAAUUCAAAGUUUUUCUAAAAAUUGUGAAGUUUGUAAGCAAUAUUAUGAUAUAUAUUCAGCAUAUUAUGGACAUAAAAAGUCAGGAAUUAAUUUGGUUAAGAAAUAUAGAGAAGGUGAUGAAUUUACAAUAAAAAGUAAAAGAAAAGAAUUACAAUUCUUGAUAAGGAAUUCAGAUGAAGAUAAUCAUCAAUCACUAUAUUAUAAGGCUCUUUUUUUAGAACAUAAUAAUUUAGAUAAUUUAAAAAAUAUUUUACAAAUAUAUUUCAAACUAGCAACAGAUGAUCAUAAUACAUGUAAUGUUAUUGGUUUUUUAGGUAUUAUCAAAAUAUUUUUUAAAAAGCUAUUUUUCGAUUUUAAUAUAUUUAAUAAAAAUAAUAAAAAGAGUAUAUUAGCUUUUCCUUUAAAAAACAAAACAUUUUAUGAUGAUAAUUUAUGUUCUUUACAAAAAAAUAUUUUAUUGAAAUCUGAAUUUGAUAACAAAUGUUUUAACUUUGAUUAUUUAUUGAAAAAUAAUUAUAUUUAUUCUCAAAUUAGGUAUUCUGACUUUUUUAAGGUUUUGUAUAAUUUGAUACUCUCUUUUUUUAAAAUUAUAUGA